UUAGCGAUCUUCCUAUGAACAGGAUUCCAAUGCAAGCUUCCUAACACGGGAGAUCGGGCAACAUGAAGUACAAGAACCUUAUGGCAAGAGCGUUGUAUGAUAAUGUGCCAGAAUGUGCAGAGGAAUUAUCAUUCCGGAAAGGAGAUAUCUUAACAGUCAUUGAGCAGAACACUGGAGGUCUUGAGGGAUGGUGGCUUUGUUCAUUACAUGGACGGCAAGGGAUUGCACCAGGAAACAGACUGAAGCUUCUCAUAGGUCCAGUGUCUGAUGCUCCUAGACAUGACGUGCCCAAACAAGAAGCAUCACCACAACCUGGCUAUCAGCAUCAACCUUUCCAGGGACCAAAGUCUUCAUUUCCAGAUCCUGUCUAUCAGGUGCCCCCAUCUCACCACAGUCCAGCUAUGUUUAAAGCCUAUCGGGGUCAUGACUUAGCAGAUAAGAAGCAAGGAGUACAGUUCAUGGAAAAUGUGGAUGGCUCUCCAGGCAACAAAGUAAUGAACCCAAUGAGGCGUUCUCAUGGAUAUAACUUUGAAUCUCCUCCCGACUGGCAGAACAGUGUCUAUGAUACCCCACCGGCUCGCCCUCAAGGGGUAUAUGAUGUUCCACCAGCUUCUAAAAAUAGCAUGUGCUCAAGUCCAGCCAGAGAACAAGGAAUUUAUGAUGUUCCUCCUCCACAAGCGAUCUAUAAUACCUUGCCUCCAACUAAGGAUACAAUGUAUGACUUCCCUUCUUCAGCAAAGCAAAAGCUUGAAGCAACAUAUGACACCUUGCCUCCAAGUUCAAAAACAUGUCAAGAACCAUGUAUGAAAAUAAACGGCCAUUUACACUCCGAGACACCUCCAAGGAAAUCCAGCUUAUAUGAUUUUCCUCGUAACCAGCAAAAUCAGUCUGCAUCUGAAGAUUAUGAUUUCCCUCGAGGAGUCCAUUUCUCUUCAGAGACAGGAAGUUUUCCUGAUGACCAGGAAGGGAUCUAUGACUUCCCACCACAGGUACAGCAGGACUGUAAAGGGAUUCAAGAUGCAACUGACGGCGUAAAUAGACUUUCAUUCUCUAGCACUGGAAGCACUAGGAGCAACAUGUCUACAUCUUCCACAACCUCCAAGGAAUCUUCUGUGACAUCCUCGCCUUCUCAGGACAAAAAACUCCUGAUGGAUCCUGACUCUGCUAUUGAAGUGUUGUUGAAGCUCCAGCAAAUGGUGGAAUGUUCUGUCUCUAAACUGUUGACAUUUGUCAAUGCUGAGUGGCGUUCUUACGUUUACAUGGAAAGGCAUGUUAAUGAAAUACAUUCAGCUGUAGACAAAGUAAAGCAGACCCUGUUUGAGUUUCUCCAGUUUUCAAAAGGGGCUACCGUAAAUGCAUCUUGUGUGUCAGAGCCUGGGCUUUAUAACAAAAUGAAAAGAGAGUUGCAGAGACUGGAGGACUCUCACCAGAUCUUAACACAAACCAGUCAAGAACUCAAUAAUUGCAACUGGUCACUCAAUGUCCUUUCUUUCAAUAAAGCCGGCAACAAAUGUGACAGCCUUGAAAGGUUUAUCAUGGUUGCUAGGACCAUUGUGGAUGAUGCAAAGCAACUCACAACAACGAUUAGUAUUAAUGCUGUGCAUUUAUUUAAGCAUGUUCCUGCUAAUGUGCAAAAAAGAAGACCUUCGGAAGUAAUCAACAGUGUUUCGGAAAUGAUGUACAAUGACUCAACAACUCAUAUUGUACAAGAUGACAACAAACAAGCUUUUCCGCAUAUGGUGAAAGAGCAUAACCCUAUUUUCAUGAAACGGGAUAGUACAAUGAGAAGCUGGAUGGAUGACUAUGAUUAUGUCCACUUACAGGGAAAAGAAGAAUUUGAACGUCACCAGAGAGAGCUUUUAGAGAAGGAAAAUAUUAUCAAGAACGGAAAACCACAACUGGAACAGCUUCAGCUGAGUCAGUUCCAGCAGCUGGAGCAAGAGAUUACCACACCAAUGGAAAAUGAUAUCUCAAAGUGGAAGUCACCUCAUAGCAUCCUUGCUGAAAACAGUGCCCUGACCCCUCAAGAUAAGCAGCUGCUCUUGUUUUAUUCUGACCAAUGUGAGAGACUCUUCAUCUCCCUCCUGAACUCCAUUGACGCUUUCUUCAACUGCAUGAGCACGGCGCAGCCCCCCAGGAUUUUUGUUGCUCACAGCAAGUUUGUCAUCCUGAGUGCCCACAAACUGGUAUUUAUUGGAGACACUCUGGCGAGACAAGUGUCCACAAAGGAAAUCUGCAACAGACUGAUGAAUUCCAGCAACCAGUUGUGUGAACUGCUUAAAAGUAUUGUGAUGGCCACUAAGAUGGCGGCUUUGAACUAUCCAAGUUCUGCCUCUUUGCAGGAAAUGGUGGACCGUGUGACAGAACUUUCCAACCAUGCACAGCUUUUUAAACUCUCUUUAGCUCAGAUGGCAUCCUUAUGAGACACUCUGUAUCUACUAUAGCUGUACAUAUAUAUAUAUAUUGUCCAUGACUAGGGAUUCAGAGUUUUUUUUGUAAAUAU